CAGCGGUUUUUUACAAGGACAACAUCAACGGAAAAAUGAAGUGGUGCCUAGCGGUAGUUGUCAUUCUGUUCCUGGGAAAAUGUUCACUUGGUCAGGUUAUCUCCUUGGGACAGUGCCCACAACAUCCGGUAGUGCAAAACUUCGAUCUUCCGGCUUACGUGGGUAGCUGGUACGAAAUGAGUCGAUACGAAAGGGAUACGCAACGCGGCGCUGAAUGCGUUCGCGUGAACUACAGCCUGAAUGAUGAUAAUUCGGUGCGUAUCGAAAACGAACAGCUGAUACCACCAAGCAGUGUAUUCGACGUGAUUGUUGGCCGAUCAGUGUUUUCAUUCCCCGAUGAAGUCCCGAUCCAGGGGAAAUUCAAUGUAACCUUCGGAGCGAUGCCUCCGAUAUUGUCCAAUUACUGGGUUUUGGAUACUGACUACACCAGUUUCUCAUUCAUCUGGGGCUGUUAUCCAGUUAGUGAUACUAUUCGUGCUGAAAACUUUUGGCUGCUAUCGAGGACGACUGAAAUCCCACAAGCUGCUGAAGCUCGGAUUGAGCAACUGAUUGAUCUCUAUUUAGUUCGAUCAUACAUUCGAACGACAAGCCAUGAUUUGUCCUACUGCCAAAACUAAGCUGAACCUAAUGGGUGCCAAUUGACGCUAAAAAAGGGGAGUAAUGAUCCGAAAGAAGAUAACAUUAUCCAAAUUCCAGUAUUACUUAUACACCUGAAUAAAUAUUAUUUAUUGACUACAGAAAAUGUCGCUUAAUUUCCUCUGGAAUAUAUUUCCGAUUGACCGAGUUUGAAACCCUCGAAAACAUUUAUUUCAAUUGAAUUGAGCUCACUUUGCCAGAUGCUGUUUUGAAAUGAAUAGAAAAAAACAAGCAACUCAUUCGAUAUGAUUC